ACAUUAGUACGGUAACGUCACACAGGACUAGAAGCUAGAAGUGCGCUUACUGGAGUUGUUCAGUUGUUUAACUACCCUGCUUGUUCAUCUCUUUUUAUAUAGAGAUUACAUACACCUGUAGUAUUAAUGUUAUACGCUUGACAAGACUUAAAGCGACCAUAUCGUAUAAAAACAGUGAUUUCCUAUGCAUUACAGUAGUGGAGAUCCUAGACUGGAUAUCGCCUCUCUAGUUUGCCUUUCUCGUUAUGUCCAUGUUGGAGCGGGCUGAGUGUCAGCUUGCAGAGAUAGAGCUGCUGACCAGCAUGUUUCCCACCCAGGAGGAGCUGGAGAUCACAGACCAGCUGGCACUGGCGGAGCUCAGGGACUACGUGGAGGGCUCAGCUUCAACAGACAGCCCCCCUCCUCCUUCAACACCUCAGUUUUUCAUCAAACAGAAGCUGGACACUGCAAGCACGGAGAGGAUGGAUGUCAUUCUGUCAUGUGCUUAUCCAUCCGAAUAUCCCAGUGUGUUACCAGAGAUAACAGUCCGGUGUGCCGGUCUCAGCAGGGCCCAGCAGACACAGAUCCACACAGAUCUCAAUUCAUACCUCAUGGAAAACUGCCAGGGGGAAGUGUGUGUGCUCUCAGCUGUGGACUGGGUGAAAGACAACCUGCAGCUCUUCAUUAAUAAUAGCUUAUCAGCAGCACAGGCUCCUAAGAAAGAGUCUUCCUCUCCACGGCCACAGGAAAUGUUCAGUCGACUGUGGAUUUACAGUCAUCACAUCUACAACAAGACGAAGAGGAAGAACAUCUUGGAGUGGUCUAAGGAGCUGGGCCUGUCAGGAUUUAGCAUGCCCGGGAAGCCUGGUAUUGUGUGUGUGGAAGGUCCUCAUUCUGCCUGCGAGGAGUUCUGGUCCAGAGUGAAGGUUCUGACAUGGAAGAAGAUCAUGAUUCGACAUAGAGAGGAUAUUCCCCUUGAUCGUCAGGUAGAGGACAGCAGGGCUGUUGAAAGUAUAGACUCCCUGCGCAAAUUCACAGGCUUUGAAGAGGCAAUGUUUGACCCCCAUGGGAACAGAGGUAAUCACAUGGACCUUGGGCAGCUCUACCAGUUCUUAAAUGAGAAAGGCUGUUGUGACGUUUUUCAGAUGUAUUUUGGCAUUGAAGGGAGGUAGUGGUCAGACCAAGAGAAUAAAUAAAGGUAUUUGACAGGUG